AUGGAGGAGCGGGUCAAGAAGAACCUGGAACAGCGCAUUGCCACCAUGGACGUGCGGAACAAGAUCUUUGAGGUCGUGGUCCCCACGGAAGAGGUGGUGGAAAUCAAGGACGGGCGGCGUAGCCCAAAGCGGGAAAGACUGUUUCCCGGCUACGUGCUGGUCCGCUUGAACAUGGAUGACCAGAGCUGGUACGUCGUGCGGAACACGCCCGGCAUCACCGGCUUCAUCUCCGCCGACGAGGAAGGCGAGCGUAAGGCCCGGCCGGUCCCGUUGACGGAAAAGGAAGUCUCCAACAUCUUCCGGCGAAUGGCUGACGCGCAGCCUCGCGCCAAGGUCGGCCUUGCCAAGGGUCAGAACGUCAAGGUGAUCGACGGCCCCUUCAGCGAGUUCAUCGGCGUGGUGGACGAGGUCAUGCCGGACAAGGGCAAGGUCCGGGUGCUCGUCUCUUUCUUCGGGCGGGAAACGCCGGUGGAGUUGGACUUCCUCCAGACAGAACGCAUCGGCUAG